UGCCACCCAGUGAGGCAGAAAAACACCGCUGGCAAAGAACAACCAAAAUGAGCGUCCGACCGCGACAAAGCUCCCUUAACCCCGUGGCGGUGGCGUUGGCCUCGGCGGCCUUGCUGCUGAGCACGUCGUCCCCCGUUGUCUCCGGCGCCCCCGUGGUUGUCACCGACUACAAGCAGCUUGUUGGAACGAUCGGUUCAAACAACGACUACGACACGGGCGAGCGCUUCGCCAGGGAAGGGAUGGUGCUUGUGCACAAGGGAGAUGAGAGCUGCGCCCCGGACUUCGACACCCUCGGCCUGUCUGUCUUCGGCGAUCACCCAGACAUGUACUCGCUCGUGUCUGUAGAUGCCGACCACGCGGACAAGGAGCUGCUGGACAAGCUGGGUGUCGAUCCUGCCACCCUUUCUGAACCGAAGAAAUGUCCCUCGCUGAGUAUCGUGCCGAGGCGCUCCACCGUUGAAGCUCCGGCGGUCAUUUUGCCCACACUCGACAAGAGGGGAAGCUACCAUCUCAACGCCGUCAAGACCCAGCAGGUUUCCGUGGGCAUCGUGAACGAGAUGGACUUCGACCUGGACAUCCACUACCAGUGGUGGAACGAACCGGUCAAGCCCACGCACAUCAGGACGCUUGCGCCAGGAACAGAGAACUGGAUGCUGAGCUACAAGACCACCCUGGUGUUGGCCCUCAAUAAGGAGACCCAAGAGGAGGUGUCGAGGUACCUCGUUAAAGGCCACGGGCUAUUCACUGUGGCGGAGAGGUCGUGCACCGCCGAGACCUGCGGCACUUCGGAGGGGACGGAGACGCCGCAAGACGUCGCUUCGCGAAAUGCCAGGAAACAGAUGGACCAGGGGCGCCUGGUUAACAACAGGAAGCAGCCGGAGGGGCUUCCGCGGUUCACCGAGGUUGGGUUUAAGAAGACCACGGUGCCGGAUGACGUCUGGGACCUCGUCAAGACCUACUACGAGGAGAACAAGGAAUCGCCGAAGAAGGAAAAGUGGUCUAAGAACAACGUCUUCACCAACAACGUGGAGGCGCCAAGCUACAUGGUCAACCUGCCGGAGAACGGCAAGCUCAAGGAGCAGAUCUUUGGUGGGCUCAGGCCUAUCCUGGAAGAAUGGUCGGGGGUGGAGCUGGUGCAGACGGCUUGCUACGGGGUACGCGUGUACACCAACACGAGCUGGCUGGCAAACCACGUCGACACCAAAGCCACCCACGCCGUAUCCGUGAUCAUGCAGGUCGACCAGGACGUCGAGGAGGACUGGCCUUUGAUGAUCUACGACCACGCGGGCAACGACUACAACAUCACCAUGAAGCCGCGAGAUUUGGUCCUGUACGAGAGCGCGACGUGCGUGCACGGCCGCCCGUCGACGUUCCACGGGAACUACUACGCGAACGCCUUUGUACACUACAAGCCCAAGGAUCCGGAAAAGUGGUCCAAAUUCAUUGAUUGAUUGUAAGAACUUGGGUUGAUUUCACAGCCCCCCAAUAAACAAUAACAUAACUUUUGCAUCCCUUUUUGAUUGACUCGACGCACUAUGGAACGAGAAGAGAAAGGUGCACCGCCCUGGCGGGAGGUGGGAGCGACUUGACGCCGGGUCUCCCGGUAGUAUAUUCUGCGGUGCCGUGCGUGAGCCCAACGCUGUAGUGGGUUCGUGGUGAUGUUCGAUAGCGUUGGAAAUUAGAGUUGAAAAAUGUGACGAUGCGUUGCGUGCUACCCACCUUCGCAGCAGCAUGCUGAGAGAGUUUGCGUGUGUGCGUCUUAUAUAGGACAGCUCUUAUUGAUGGAUUGAUGUGGUGUACGUUCAUGAGAGACACCGCUCGCUGCGGCACUCUCUUCAACCACUAUCCCGCAUGUUUGCCUAUCCUUUUUUACGGGUGUAGUCUACCACCGCCACUAGAAGGGGGGGGGAGGGAGGGGGGGGAUCGGAAACUGCGGGUGGAUGUGAUGGUUUUUCCCCGGAAGUGUCGGUUCUUCGAAGCACCACCGCUGAGAGGGGGUUGGGCGGGAAGCUGCAGUUGAUGAGGUGCUUAGGGUAAGGUGUGUCAGUCAGGGCGGGCGGGUUGUGUGAAUCGUCUGUGUUGUUUUUGCCUUCAAAUGGCGUGUCUUUGCUUCUUGCUUCGUUCAUUCAUCAAUUCUUAUUUUUUUUCUACUCUAAUUGCCACCCCAUCUUGGACAAGGCACGCGGCGACGGAAGUCAAACGAAUGAGGAUGCAGCAGCACGCCGCCCAUGUACCUAGUCCGCAACCGCAAAUUGAUGAUGAGUGUCUUUGUAAACUGAGACUGAUUUGAUUUGACACGUCGCUAAUGGAGAGCUGUGAAC